AUGGCAGGCUGGGUUGAGGCGGAGAAAGACCAGAACAACUGGAUUCAUCGCGACAAAUUGAAAGAAAUUGAGACCAAAGAGCUGGAAGAGUUUAGCAUGCGAGUAGGCCGGGCAAGUCGGUCGAACAGCAGGUCGCAGAGCGCUGCCAGGACCCAGUCGAGAGGCCGCGCCGACUCCGAGCUCACCGACGCCAUGUCGAAUGGAGACGACCGCCACGACUAUCCCCGUAUGAUCUCUCCCAUACCUGCCGAGGACGAGGAGGAAGAGCUCCCGCAUACAGGCUGGGAUAUACGGUCGCCUGCCGAGAUUGAAGCCGAGAGGGAACAAUUUGCAGCACGCGGCAACGUCAUCAGGCCUAGCACGUCUCGAAUACCUGUAGCGAAAACCAGUCCAUUGCCCGUUCCCCACAAUUUCGUCGACCGAGACCAUCCUCUUCCAAGACCAAGAAACGGCAGUGGCAGUUGGGACUCUAUCGCCGCGAACGGAGCUCGUGUAAGGAGCGGAAGUAUGUCCAGCCAGAUACUGCUGGACGAGCCCUACACUGUUGGGGAUGCUGGACGGAGCCCUGUAAAGUCUAGCUUCAGUAUGCCGACGUCACCUAUAGACGGCCAAGCACCGAAGGCGAAGACACCGGGUAAAGCGGCGCCUGGCUCUCGAAAGACGAGCGGACCGAAGCCAGGUGCAAAGCCACGUAAUGCAUCAGCGGGCCCCCGGAACGCAUCAGGAACGUCCCCAGUCAAGCGUCCUACCACGAGCGGCGGAUCGAUAUCUCGGCCCACUACAGGUCAUCGGCCAGAAGGCGAAGCUCCAUGGAUUGCUACUAUGUACAAGCCUGAUCCCAGACUCCCACCAGAACAACAAAUUAUCCCCACGCACGCCAAGCGCAUGCAGCAAGAGCAGUGGGAGAACGAAGGUCGUGUUGGGUCCAUGUACGACAAGGACUUCCGGUUGCUGAACACGGAUGAAGGUCCCGAUAAGAGAGCGUCCUCAAUCCUUCCACCCAUCGAUCUCGAGAAAGCACAACAGGACCAGACCUGGCCGCUACCGAGCCCAGAGAAAACGAAAUUCGAUCCCAUCGACACCACCACCUCCAAGUCUCCCACCAACGAGCAGGGCAAGUUCAAGCUUACCCCAACCAUAUCUCAAGGCCCCACGUUCCCUCCUCGCGCGCCUUCCCGCGGUGGCCAGGAACCGAAAGUCGCUCCUCCCAUAGCCCCCGUCACACCCAAGGACACGAUCCGUCUUCCCGAGCCGCCAGAAAACGAGAAGGAGAAGAAGGGCUGCUGCUGCAUCGUCAUGUAG